UUGAUGGAGCACAAAUUUGCCGGCGAAUUCAGUGCGAUGGCUGAGCGUUCUCAAAUGUGUAACUAUGCCACCAUCAUCUCUGAAGCUGCGGAAGGCACUGGUUUGGCAUUUGUUGUCUUCACGGAGGCAAUUCUGAGAUUCCCAUUCCCGCCGGCAUGGUCUAUACUCUUCUUCUUGAUGCUUCUUUCGCUUGGUCUCGGGAGCAUGUUCGGCACACUUGAAGGUGUAAUCACCUCGCUCAAUGAUUCACAUCUCAUUACGGUGACCAAGCCGGUAUUAACCGGUGUGCUUUGUGCUUCCGCCUGUCUCAUCGGAUUGCUUUUCUCCACUAGGGCUGGACAAUAUUGGGUCGCUUUAUUCGACUCAUUCGCCGGUUCCUACGCGCUAAUGUGCGUUGCGUUCUUUGAGGUGAUCGCGGUGGUCUACGUCUACGGAUACAGACGCUUCUCCCGAGACAUCGAAUUUAUGACCGGCUCCAUCCCCGGGCAAUACUGGCUGAUCACUUGGCGUUUUGUCGCUCCAAUCAUCAUGGCUGUACUGUUUACCUGCAGCGUUGUUCAAUGCUUCUCCAAGGCUACCACCUACUACGCGUACAAUAAGGAAACGGUACUACGGCUUUCAAAAUUUUUCUAUUGGAUCAUAGAUUGGCUAUAA